AUGACGUUCCCUAGCAAGACCCGCGAGUAUCGUUCGCUCAAGAAGAGAGCACAAUUCCGGCGCUCAAAGCGUCAGAAGGUCAAGGUUCACGCCGUCUCCCUUCAGUUUCGCGACAUCAUGAUUCUCAAGGGAAUUUACCCGGUAUACGUUAAGGAGAACUUGGUACUCGGCUCGGACCUCGGUGGCGAGGUCGUCGCGGUUGAUAUCGAAGUUCACGACCGGAAAGCCGGCGACCGCAUCUGCGUCAACUUCGGUGUAGAUCAUCUCUAUGGUGAUCCAAUCGAGGCCACAAGGUAUUCUCACCUUGGAGCUCCCAUCGAUGGCGUGUUCACUGAGUAUAAGGUCCUUCCUGCUCACUCCCUGGUACGGAUCCCGGAGCAUCUUUCCUAUGAAGAAGGAUCUACACUUCCGUAUGUAUCUCUGUACGGAAUGCGCCGGUUGACCGCAUAUAAUUCGCUUAUGGGCCCUGUCCCGCUCAAGGGAGGAGAUACGGUCCUCAUCAUAGGAACUGGUGGCGUAUCCAUCUUCGGGCUUCAGUUCGCGGUUGCAUCGGGCGCCACGGUUAUAAUAGUGUCCUCCUCUGAUGAAAAGCUCCGCUUCGCCGAGAAGCUGGGAGCGAGGCACCUGAUCAAUUAUAAGACUGUGCCCGACUGGGACAAGGAAAUCCUCGAGAUCACAAACGGAAAGGGCGUUGAUCACGUUCUUGAGGUUGGCGGCACUGGUACGCUGGCCAGGUCUCUAACAUCAGUGCGCUAUGGAGGUGAUGUUGCCGUGAUCGGGAACCUCACCGUGGAGGGUGGUGACACCAGUCUUCUUCCUUUGAUGGUCGUCCUUAAAGCGAUCCUGUUCCGUGGCAUUACCGCUGGCUCCCGUACCCAGGAGGCAUUUUCGCUUCAAGCAAUAAUCAUUGAUGCUGAUGAACUGGGCUAG